CCAUGCCCCAGCAGGACCCGGGGUCCCUGCCGGCCAGCGCUAGUUUCCCAGCAAAGAGGGGGAUGCCCCGGGGGGAUUAACCCUCCCGAGCCUUGCAGCGCCUGCUAGACCCCCCCGAGGGUGCGAACCGAAGCCCUCCCCCAGCUCCGGAUCUGCCCAGAGUCAAUAGGAUGAGGGGGAUCUGCUACUUUGUCAUGCUGAUCCUCACAGAAGCCAUGACGGAAGCAGUGAGUUCGGGCAGAGAUUGCCUGCAGGCCGGGGAGUCCUGCACCAAUGAUCCCAGCUGCAGCUCCAAGUUCCGGACCCUCCGGCAAUGCAUCGCGGGCAACGGUGCCAACAAACUGGGACCGGACGCCAAGAACCAGUGCCGGAGCACGGUGACGGCACUGCUGUCCAGCCAGCUUUCUGGCUGCAAGUGUAAACGGGGCAUGAAGAAGGAGAAACAUUGCCUGAGCGUCUACUGGAGCAUCCACCACACCCUGAUGGAAGGUAUGAAUGUGUUGGAGAGUUCUCCGUACGAGCCAUUCGUCAGGGGCUUUGACUAUGUCCGGCUGGCAUCCAUCACCGCAGGUUCUGAGAACGAGGUGACACAGGUGAACCGCUGUCUGGACGCCGCCAAGGCCUGCAACGUGGAUGAGAUGUGCCAGCGGCUGAGGACAGAGUACGUCUCCUUCUGCAUCCGGCGCUUGGCCCGGGCCGACACCUGCAACCGCUCCAAGUGCCACAAGGCCCUACGCAAGUUCUUUGACCGCGUGCCCCCUGAGUACACGCACGAGCUUCUCUUCUGCCCCUGUGACGACACGGCCUGCGCCGAGCGCCGCCGACAGACCAUUGUCCCCGCCUGCUCCUACGAGUCCAAGGAGAAGCCCAACUGCCUGACCCCCCUGGAUUCCUGCCGGGAGAACUAUGUCUGCAGGUCCCGAUAUGCGGAGUUUCAGUUUAACUGCCAGCCGUCCCCGCAGUCUGCUACUGGCUGCAGGAGGGAGAACUACGCUGCCUGUCUGCUGGCAUACACAGGAAUCAUAGGUAGUCCCAUCACACCUAACUACAUCGACAAUUCGACUGCCAGCAUAGCACCGUGGUGCACCUGCAACGCCAGCGGCAACCGUCAGGAGGAGUGCGAGAGCUUUCUGCACCUCUUCACCGACAACCUCUGUCUCCAAAACGCCAUCCUGGCCUUCGGCAACGGGACGUACCUGAACGCGGCACUGGCCCCGUCCGUGCCCCCGACGACGCAGAUGUACAAGCAGGAGCGAAACGCCAACAGAGCUGCCGCCACCCUCAGAGGGAACAUCUUUGAGCAACUCCAGCCCACCAAGGGAUCUGGCGAGGAGCCGCUCCUAAGGGGCUCCACCCAACUGGCAUCUGAAACCUCCGGCUUGGCGUCAGCCUCCCGUGCUGCAGAGUGGCUGCUCAUGUGGGUUUCCAUGGCUCUCGCUGCACCACUCCUGCUUGCAAUGUGAAACGGAGCGAGCACGCAGCAGGCGGUGACUCUAUGCGUGUCUCUUUUUUUUUUUUUUUUUUAAAAACACUCAUUGGGGGAGGGCAGGGCUGUAUGUGGAAAUGCGCUGCUCUCCCCCCCGCCCCAGCCAACAUAUUUUAUUUUGUAAAAUCGAAGGCAUCUCACCAGCUCGCUCCUGGUCACUCUUCCUGCUCCUUGGCUCGCUUCCCAUCUCCAUCGCCUUGUAGUGUGUCCAUGGCGGUGCAGAGCCACAGACAGGUCCCUUCAUAGAGCCCAGCACAAGAAACCAGAGAUUCAAAGGCCCUAAGCUCUCCUGAGACAGCCGAGCCAGGAAAGACUCCUGAUGGAUGAGCUUCGGGAAGAUUUCGUGAAACACUGGCCUACGGGGAUGUGGUGGAUCUCACAACAGGCCAUGCAACUUUCUACACAGUGACCCGAGCUGCGGCAGGCCCAACAGAACCCCGUCCCUGGCUCAGACUAAGGCCAUCUUCCACUUUGUCAGCAAAGUGUUGCCUUUGUCCACCAAGGAAGACACCAGGCAUCUCUGCGGGGUAGAGCAGAGCCAGGGCCAUCCGGUCCCUGACCUAGCUGGUUUUUCAACGUCUGACAACAUCCUGUGUAACUAGCAUGUAAUUCCCAGCCGAACCCUGACCCUUUCCCCUCUUCUGUAGAAAACCGUGUUCAUGUGUUACUGGUCUUCAGGAAGAAACACGCAUGUUCCAUUUUUUUUUUGCCGGCUUUGGCAAUUCAUGGUGGCAGCCCCUUCUGAUCCCGGAACAUUCUUCACUGGCCCUGUCAAAUCUUUGGGGUAGUUUUUGUCACAUCCAAGUGUGAGGUGAGAGCAGGAUAUAUUGUCCCAUACAACGCUAGUCUUUUUAUAAUCGCUUGGUAUGUGUAAGCCUCCAGGCAUGUUCAUGUCACUUGACUCAUGCUCAUGUGACAGGCGAGUUGUUUGGUCUUAAAGGUUGUGUCUACACUGCAUCAAACAGCUGCAGCUGGCCCGGUUCAGCAGCAUCAGUCUGUUGGGGUUAUACAGUUACUGUGUAGAUGUCUGGGCUCUGGGACCCCAUGAGCCCUGAUGUCUACACUACAAUUUUAUAGCCCUACAGCCUGAGCCCGAGUCAGCUAAUAUGGGCCAGGUGUGAGUAUUUUACUGCACUGUAGACACCCUUAGUGACACAAAUGAUGUUCAGUGGUUUACUUGGUAUCUCGCUAGUCACAAAAAUGAAAGAUGGGCUGGAAAAGGUUCAGCAAAGACCUAGCAACCAACAAACUCACCCGCACGAAUGACCACGGGGGGAUACUCAAACACCCAGCUGCACUAGGAAACAAUCCAGGUGCUAAACGCAGCAGGGCAGGGCUUGCUCUGAUUCACAUUGUUAAAUAGCGUCGCCCUCGUUGGGCUGGCUUAUGCCCUCAUGCUUCAGACGCUAAGUCAAUCUCUAAAUAAUGAGAUCUGGGAAGAAGUGUUCUCUAUACUUGCUGCUUGCAGGAUUUAUUGCACCACCUUCUGUUGGUGCAUCGGGAGCUGGGCUGCUGGGCUAGAUGGCCCCUGGGUCU